ACACCACACGAUAUUCCGUGAAGGUUAGAAGUCCGUCGGUGGCACAAUUCGAGCGAGUGAGCUUGUGUUUUACAUCAAUUAAAUCGGAAGCUAUAGUUUUGAAGCUUAUUGCAGCCUAAGCCUAAACAAAUAUCAAAAUGUUCCGCUUGCCAAUUUCACUCGCACGCACCAACAUCAGUCGCCAGCUGGCAAUGCGCAGCUAUGCCAAAGAUGUCAAGUUUGGUCCUGAGGUGCGCGCCAUGAUGCUGCAGGGUGUUGACGUGCUCGCCGAUGCAGUCGCUGUUACAAUGGGACCUAAGGGUCGCAAUGUGAUCAUCGAGCAGUCGUGGGGCUCGCCCAAGAUCACCAAGGACGGUGUCACUGUAGCCAAGUCGAUUGAACUGAAGGACAAGUUUCAGAAUAUUGGCGCAAGGCUGGUGCAGGAUGUGGCCAAUAACACCAAUGAGGAAGCUGGUGAUGGCACCACCACAGCCACUGUUUUGGCACGUGCCAUUGCUAAGGAGGGUUUCGAGAAGAUCUCGAAGGGCGCUAACCCCGUUGAGAUUCGCCGCGGUGUCAUGUUGGCCGUUGACGUAGUCAAGGACAACUUGAAGACAAUGUCGCGUCCGGUAAGCACGCCAGAAGAAAUUGCACAGGUGGCCACCAUCUCGGCUAACGGUGACAAGGCCAUUGGCAAUCUGAUCAGCGAGGCCAUGAAGAAGGUUGGACGUGAUGGCGUCAUCACGGUCAAGGAUGGCAAGACCCUGACUGAUGAGCUCGAAGUCAUUGAGGGUAUGAAGUUCGAUCGCGGCUACAUCUCACCCUAUUUCAUCAACUCGUCGAAGGGUGCAAAGGUCGAGUUCCAGGAUGCCCUAUUGCUGCUUUCCGAGAAGAAGAUCUCAUCUGUGCAGAGCAUCAUUCCAGCCUUAGAGUUGGCCAAUGCUCAGCGCAAGCCUUUGGUUAUCAUUGCCGAGGAUAUUGAUGGUGAGGCUUUGAGCACUCUGGUAGUGAAUCGCCUGAAGAUUGGCCUCCAGGUGGCCGCUGUCAAAGCCCCCGGCUUCGGUGACAAUCGCAAAUCCACCCUGACCGACAUGGCUAUCGCCUCUGGCGGUAUUGUGUUUGGCGAUGAUGCUGAUUUGGUCAAGCUUGAAGAUGUGAAGGUCAGUGAUUUGGGUCAGGUUGGCGAGGUGGUCAUCACCAAGGAUGACACGUUGCUGCUGAAGGGCAAAGGCAAGAAGGAGGACAUUACACGUCGCGUCGACCAAAUCAAGGAUCAAAUUACAGACACUACUUCCGAGUACGAGAAGGAGAAACUGCAGGAGCGCCUGGCUCGUCUGGCCUCUGGUGUUGCCCUGCUCCGCGUCGGUGGCUCCAGCGAGGUGGAGGUGAACGAAAAGAAGGAUCGCGUCCAUGAUGCACUCAAUGCCACGCGUGCUGCCGUCGAGGAAGGCAUUGUUCCCGGUGGUGGUACUGCCCUGUUGCGUUGCAUUCAGAAACUCGACACCGUGGCCACCCAGAACGAGGACCAGAACCUUGGCGUUGAUAUCGUACGUCGUGCUCUGCGUAUGCCUUGCCUAACCAUUGCUAAGAACGCUGGCGUUGAUGGCGCCAUGGUUGUGGCCAAGGUUGAGACCCAGUCUGGUGAUUACGGCUACGAUGCGCUGAAGGGUGAAUACGGCAAUCUGAUUGAAAAGGGUAUCAUCGAUCCCACCAAGGUUGUCCGUACCGCCAUCACCGAUGCAUCGGGUGUCGCCUCGCUGCUGACCACUGCUGAAGCCGUUGUGACUGAAAUUCCCAAGGAGGACGCUGCUCCUGGCAUGGGCGGCAUGGGUGGUAUGGGCGGUAUGGGUGGCAUGGGAGGCAUGGGUGGAAUGAUGUAAAUCCAUCCCGCCACACUAUUCACACCAUUGACCAUUUCUAAGUGUUUAAGUCAUAAUGCACACGGGCGGGUUCUAUGCUCGCUACAAGACGACCGCAACUGAAUUUGAGGCAAGCCCACCAAUAUCUCUUAUUUCGGUGCAUAUCCAGUCGUUUAGACUUUAGAAAAUGGCGCACACGCUCCUCCCAAUAUCAUCAUACACUCAUUCUUCAGUUCACAAAGAGCUGCUGCGCCUCUUCCUAACAAUUUUUGGAUGUGUGUGCCCGCCCGCGUUCACUCGUCUAAGCAUAUCCUGUCCCUUGCAUUGUGUGCUCAUUUUUUUUAACUAUUCCUUAAUGCUAUUUUUACAUGUUAUAUAUGUAAAUGAAAUUACGUUAGUUAUAUAAUAAUAAAUACACAUAUAUACAAAACCA